GCGUCUCGACGCUGCACUCGGCGUCGCGACGGCCGAAGGCGAUGCGAUGCGUAUGCACCGCCGUGGUGGGGCUGCGGGGGCGACGGAGCGCGAUCCGUUCCGACAGCCGCGAUCAGACAGUUGGCCGGCGACUUGAUUCGAAGCCGGGUCGGAGCACCCAGUGAGAUGCACCCCUAGGAGCUAGGGCGUCACGUGCCAUUUUCGCGACUAUUUGGUGGCAGUUCCGGGUUCGGCGCCCGAUGCUCUCCUCAAAGACGACCACGCUACAUGCCCAAGUGCCACUUCCUGCUGGUGACCAUUAAACCAGUGCUCAGUGUUACAGUUGGCGUUGCUGAAACUUUGUGCGUUCCACGCAUUGCAUAAUCAAUGACAGAAAGUGUUGAUCGGCGUGCAGAGAGAUGGGAAGCGAGCAUUACUGUUUGAGGUGGAAUAAUCAUCAAAGCAAUUUACUCGGGGUGUUCAGUCAACUGCUCCGUGACGAAAGUCUAGUAGACGUAACCCUGGCCUGCUCGGAGGGCCAUUCGAUUCGAGCUCACAAAGUCGUCCUUUCUGCCUGUUCCUCCUAUUUCCAGACGCUCUUCGUCGACCAUCCCAGUCGUCAUCCUAUCGUCAUUCUCAAAGACGUCCGCUUUGCGGAGCUUAGGACACUCAUCGAAUUCAUGUACAAGGGCGAAGUCAACGUCGAAUACUGCCAACUGUCGGCCCUCCUCAAAACGGCGGAGAGCCUCAAAGUCAAGGGACUCGCCGAAAUGACCAGGGAAUACAAACACACGGAACCGGAGCAGACGGAGCCGACGGAGCUCACCCGGAGGCCGGCGUCGCGCUCGCCGUCCGUGGACGAGAACGACCGCCUCCAUCCGUCGUCGCAGUCGCCGCCCGUGCAGAACCUGAGGGUGUGUCGGUCGCCCCUCGAGCACCAGGAGAACGAUGCGAAAAGGGCGUCGUCACCGGAAAACACCCGGAAUGUUAGUUCGCCGGUGACAAGCGAUUGCGGUCCGAGCGACAUGACAAUUCACAGUAACAGCAACAACAUGGUGGCGGCCUGUCCGGGAAUGAACGCCCCGAUUAUAUGCACGAGGUUACCCUCGCCGAUCACUGAACCUCUUCCGGGACCUUCCAACAUGCCACCAGUUCAACAAGUGCCUCUGAGCCUCAAGAAGGAAGUUGACUGGAGCGGAGGUCUAGAAGACAAAAAUACAGGAGAGAGUUCAUCAGACUUUUCGAGACACCCCCACGAUUCUACCUCCGUGGACGUGGACCGGCCCUCCAGCUCGCCCCUCGAGCGCCCCUCCAGCACCCAGAGCAGCCGUUCCUCCACCCCAUUCGCCCUCCCCUUCCCCUCUCUCCCCACGUCGAUCCUGGAGGUGGGCCUCAUCCACCCCUCCCUCCUCGGCGAGGAGAUGUUCCGCUGUCCGUCGUGCAUGGCCGCCUUCCCCUCCAUCUGGCUCCUGGAGCAGCACACGGCCCUCCAGCACAUCGGCUCCCUUAACUCCCUGGAGAAGCCCUUCAUCUGCGAGCAGUGCGGCCAGAGCUACAGGUACCGCUCGGCCUACGUCAAGCACCGCGAGCAGAACCACCGGGCACGGCUUCCAGCCGACAAGCUCUUCUCCUGCGACGUCUGCGGCAUGCAGUUCAGGUACCUCAAGUCGUUCAAAAAGCACAGAUUGAACCACGCCUUGGAGAAGCUCCACGGGAAGAGUGGGGACGCUGGGAGGGUGGGGGCGCUGGAGGAGUCCAAGAGUGUGGACAACAGCAGCGACCAAGUGUCGAGUUCCAACGAGACCAUUGUCUUGGAGGGGAAGGACGAAGGGGUGGUGGUCAAAAAGGAGGAGAGUAUGAAUGAUGAUGCUGAAAACUGUUUUCUGUUGAAGGUGAAGGCGCAUCCUCCGACGCCGAGAAGCCCGACGCCGACCAGGACGACACCAUCGACUCCAUGGCGGUGUCAUACCCCGUUUCGUCCGGCACCGGCCUGGACAUCCUCCGGAGCAGCCACGACUCCUCCAUCAUCAGUUUUCUUCGCGCCGACGCCGCCGAAAAGCAACGCGAGCGUCGCUUCGCGUGUCCCUUCUGCGGGAAAUGUGUCCGCUCUAAGGAGAACCUCAAGCUCCACGUGCGCAAGCACACCGGCGAACGGCCCUUCGUGUGCUUGUUCUGCGGACGUGCCUUCGGCGGAAAGAGCGACCUGACGCGACAUCUGCGCAUCCACACGGGGGAAAGACCGUACCAUUGCGACAUGUGCGGGAAGUGUUUCGCGCGCGCUGAUUACCUCUCCAAGCACUUGACUACACACAUUAACACUUCCCGCUGAUAGUACUGGGAAAGGGGGGCGCGUGGCGACAUCUAGGCUGCCGGAACACUACUGCCAAUCACGCGCUGCCACGACGGCGCCCGUCAUUGGAGCACGCUUAUUCGCGCCAAAUUUGACAUUGAACAUUUAAAAUAAUUCACAAAAAAUUGAUAAAAGUUUUGGUUUAGUUCACGGAGGAACGUGGGUUAGGAAACGAAACGAGAUACAAUUUACGAUUUCCUGUUCCCGAAAAAAUAUAGUACAGCUGAGAAACAAUGAGGGCGCUUCGAGGGUUAAUUACUUGUAAAAAAAAUAAAGAAAUGUUGAGCUUUGCGUUCUUAAUACACUGAAAAAAACUGACUAACUAAUAUUUUUACAAGAAGUUAUAUAUUUUUCAAAACGCUGUAACCGCAUCCCAUGGUAGCACAGUUUGAGAAAGUUAUAUUGCGGUUAUAUAACGUUAAUAUAACCGCGAUUCACAAACCUAACCAUUGGUUAUGUUAUACUAAGUUUAUAUAACGGUUACCUAACCAUGGUUAACAUUGCGGUUAUUUUGAUUUACAUAGAUAUUCGUAUUAUAUAUAUAUAUAUAUAUAUUUAUAUACAUUUAUUAGUGUCCUUCGAAGUUAAAAAAGAAAUUUAAUUUUAACAAAUUUUUAAGUACCACAAACUUAAAAAUCCAGAAGGUAGGUAAAUAUUACCAUUAUCGCCAUUAUCGUGGUCUGACCACCUAAUAAAACAAUUAAAUUAGUUUUUAUACUUAAAAAAAGUAGUUUUAAUUUAACCAACAUUUCAUAACAAUAAAUUCAAUAAAUUUUUAACUCAAAAUUAUAAUCUGGCAUGAGUAUUUUAAGAGUUUUUAGUUUAAUUUUUCCCACUUUCUACCUACCGACCCUUUUCAAGUAGUCUGGUAGAAAUGACGACAUCUGAACACUUGUUGUAUUUAGUAUUACAUAUUUAAAAUGAAGAAAAUAGUGAUAAUUUGGAAUCACGUUUUUUUUUUAAUAAUACUUUUAAAUAUUUUUGGUAAGUAAUUUUACCAACUCGUAAUAGCUAUUUAAACGUUAGAAUCAAAAUAUCAUUAUUUUAAUUACGGCUACAGAGUGUAAUUUUUAAUAUAAGUAGUUCCAUGUUUGUCUGUUCUUCAGAUGGUUUAGUAAUAAAGCAAAAUGUCGUAAUAAGAGAAACAUAGGAAUGGUUAUAUGUAUGUAUAAAACAUAUUCAGGGCUGUAAUCGAGAUGUAACCGCAGUUAUAUAAUCCCAAUAUAACCACGGGUAAAUUAAGGUUAUAUAACGAAACAUAACCGCGAUAUAAAAAGGCCAGUUAUCGCAAUAUAACGCAUAGAUAACGGUUAUAUCGCGGUUAUAUUAUAAGUGUGCAACUAGGGUCGAAAGCGUUUUGAAAAAUAUGAGUUACCUUGUGGUAACCGUUAUUUAAAUCCAACCAUUUUUUUAAUUCGCCCUCUGUCGACAUUAGCGGAACUAUCGCGAACGGGGACGUUUUAUUAGUACAUUGUUUCGUAUCCUAAUUUAUAGUAAUGCGUAGUCCAAUGUAAUGUCAAAUUUGGGUGAUGUGUGCCAAUCAGUGGCGGGCGUUGGUUCGAACGCAUUGGCGGUCAAUUUAAAUUUUCGGUGCUUUUCGAUGCUUUGUUUUCGGGUUUUUGUUUGGUAUUUGUCCACAAAUGAAUGUUUUCCGUCCUUGUAUUUUUGUUUUGAUGGCUGUGAAUUUGAAAGUGUUAUAGUUUUUUAACUUGGUCGAGAAGCGUUUAGUUAUCGCGCAUAUUUUGUGAGAAUAUGUGCCAUCCCUAAACUAGCCAUUAGACGACGUAAGCGAUAUUAGUGAGCUAGCAAUUAAAGCAAUAUUUAGUGAAAACAGAUGAUAACUAAUUGGGGAAAAAUCGGGUUGAUCGUUCCUUCUAGUCAUGACGGUAGUUAACUGCUGUGGCCUUGUUCCAGUAUUAAUGUCCACAAAAAUGAUAACUUUGUACACGGAAACAUCGAAUAUGAAUCUUAUAACUGAUUUUAAGUAUAACUGAUGGUUUAUUAUGUAGUUUUGUGCCAAUUCGAUGUACCUCAUGACAUUCUGUGUUUAGAUGGUGUUGAAAUAUUUACAAUGUAAUUAAGCUAAACGUUUCUUUUCAUAGUGUAUAAAUUAAAUGUUUAACAUCGAAUUUCUACAGAAUUAUUUUUUUAUACGCACUAUACAACAAGACGAUGUCCAUUAAUCCGUAUUGCCAAGAAUUAUUUUUUAUACAUGUAAUAGAUAAGUUUCGACGAUGCUCAAUACAAUCACAUCAAGUACCUAAUGGCCAUAAUACUGAUGUUAAACAUUUAGCCACUUUUUUUAUACCUCUAACUUUGAACUACUUUAGGACAAUUUUACAUCUUGUAAAUGUUGAUGGUGCCUUUUCAAAUAUUUUAUUGAUGAAAAUUCAUUUUUAUGUCUGCUACGUCACUCAUAUUUUACCGGAAUCUAUCUCAAACAGGACUUUGUUUCCGUCUUUCACAAAUGAAAUAUUUGCUGUGAUAAUAACGAAUCAACUCUUUUCAAACAACACCACCGUUACAAUUCGGUUGCGUCUUCGUCUGUAAAAAUGUUUUUUCAUCCCACAAUUUUGUCCUAAAGUACGCAUACUUUGAUCAUUAAAAUAGUUAUAUAAAUAAAUGUUCCUAAUAAAUGUGAUUAGGUGUUAUCGACUAUGUAUAUUGUUAUUGUCAUAUUCUAUAUUGAAACAAGAAUUUUAUUUGGAAAAUUGUCCAAAAAAACAAGUCAAAUGAUGCAAAGGAGGGGCAUAGACUUAAUCUCUAAAAUAAUAUUUGUGAAAAUAAUUAAAUGUUUCUCUCGAUGUACGUCUAUACCUAUGCUACUUUAUCUCAUAGUUUUCAAUGGUUAUUUUUUAAUAUAAUUUAUUUCGAUAGUUAUUACUUAUUAUACAAAUAAAUGUAAUUUUUUUCUAUUCGUUCAUUAAAAGGGAAGUGUUGUUCA